AUGAUCACCUUCUCCAGAACCUCAUCCACCCUCCGCAACCAGCUCCGGUCGGUUCAUACUUUUCCCUCCGCCAUCGACCCUUUGGGCUCCCUCCUCAGCCUCCUCCAUCUCUCCACUGAAACCCACUCCCUUGAACUCACUCUGCAAGCCCACGCGCGAGCUCAGCGGUUGGGCCUCGCGCAGCAUCCCCUCAUCGCCCAGAAGCUCAUCUUCUCCUGCUGCCAACUCAAACGCCCCACCGACGCGAGCCUGGUCUUCGACUCGAUCGAGGUUAAGAGCACGGAAAUCUGCAACACUCUCCUGAGCGGGUAUGGCAGGAAUCAGCUUUUCCUCGAGAGCUCGCGCAUUUUCAGGGAGAUGUGCGAAGGUUCCAAUUUGCCGUCGCCGAAUGAUUUCAGUUUCUCCAUAAUGUUUAAGGCGGCGGCCGAUUCAGUGGAGAUUUCUCACGGGAAGGCUGUGCAGGGGAGGAGUGUGAAAAUGGGGCUCGCAUUCGAUGUAGUGGUAGGGAAUUCGUUGAUGUCUAUGUACGGUAGGUGUGGGUGCUUUCGUGAUUGUCAGAAGGUGUUUGAUGAAAUGCCUCAAAGGAAUGUGUCAUCAUGGAACGCCUUGAUUUCAGGUUACGUUAAACUAGACUUAGAAUAUGGGAAAAAAGACGUCUUAUUUACACACAGGUUGUGGGACUUUGUAAAACAAAUGCAAAGUGAAGGAUUCAAAUUGAAUGCAUUCACCACCUCCACUCUCCUUCCAUUGUGCAACGGUAAAUGUGACGAAAAAUGUGAUCUUGGAAGAGAAUUACACUCGUACAUCAUUCGGAAUGGAUUGAAUACAACUUACACACCAGAUAGUGAUGUUCAUAUGGGGUGUUGUUUGAUCGAUAUGUACUCCAAGAACGGUAGAGUCCAUGUAGCAAGAAAAAUUUUCGAUAGAUUGAAAUUCAAGAAUAUUUUUACUUGGACUGCCAUGAUCAAUGGCUACGUGCACUGUGGAGGUUUUGAUGAAGCCUUGUUCCUUUUCCGGCAAAUGCAACAGCUGCAUGGAGUAGGACCCAAUAAAGUCACGCUUGUUGCCGUAUUGCCAGCUUCUAGCUCACUCAGCGGUUUGCUAGGCGUGAAGCAAAUUCACGGUUUUGCCCUUCGAAAGGAAUUAAAUCUCGCGCUCUCUCUAUGCAACGCCUUAAUCGACACGUACUCUAAAUGCGGGAGUUUGAAUUACGCGACUCGUGUGUUCGAACGCGAGUGUAUUCAUAAGGAUGCAAUUUCGUGGGGUUCGAUUAUAUCGGGCCACGGCUUACACGGCCAGGGUCAGAAUGCAGUUAUUCUUUUCGAUAAAAUGCUCGGUAACGAGAUAAAACCGGACACUAGCGUAAUUGUCGGCGUUCUCUCCGCAUGCUGUAAAUCGGGUCUCGUAGACCAAGGAACGAGAAUAUACGACUUGAUCGUGAACAAAUAUAAAAUUAAACCAACAGUCGAGAUGUGUUCUUGCAUGGUGGACAUGUUUGGAAAAUCGGGUGAGCUAAACCGAGCCCUCGAUUUUAUCAAGGCCAUGCCGGUUGAGCCGAGUCCUAGCAUUUGGGGAGCUCUUUUGAGUGCGUGCGUGAUUCAUGGGAAUAGUGAGAUGCAAAAUGUGGCUUAUAAGGCUCUCAUUCAAUUAGAGCCUGAUAAUGGUUCGAAUUAUGUGUCGUUGUCGAAUUUAUAUGCGUCUUCUCAAAAAUGGGAUGUUGUGGCUCGAGUGAGGUCGGCCAUGAGAGAUAGGGGGCUGAGGAAGGUGCCUGGAUGCAGUUGGAUCAGUAUAAAUAGCUCGACUCAUAGCUUUUUCGUGGCGGAUAAGUCGCAUCCUUGUUGCGACUCGAUUUACGAGAUGCUUGAUGGGCUUGUCUCGGUUAUGAAGGUGAUGCGUUCGAGUUUGGAUUUGCCAACGUGUUCUUGCCCUGAUUUCGUUUAUUUGAUGGAAGUGUCGUGA